AUAUAAGUUGAGAUGAAGUCAAAGAUGGCAAUCCUCGGGCUUCAACUACAACCAAGGUUCCCUGUUUUGACUGGUUUUAGUCAUUCACGUUUGAGUUCUACUACCAUUCAUGCUCGGGCUGUUAGUUCUGUUUCUAGUCUUCCGAGUAAGCUGAAAAAAUGGAACAAUGGUGGUAGGCUGCCACGUAGAUUGGUGGUAGGCUUAGGGGCUUCGUUUUGGGCUCAGCUUAUGAACAUGGCAGGCAAUAGCAAGUCUUUCAUGGCUUCUGCAAGGCUAAAGAGUACUGUUGAACAGGCAUUGCAGAAUGUGGAUUGGCCAGAGCAGUUCCCCUUCAAGGACGAGGAUUUCCAGCGUUUUGACGAAUCACCUGAUUCAUUGUUCUAUGAAGCUCCACGAUUUGUUACACACAUCGAUGAUGCAGCCAUUGCCGCACUUACUAAGUACUAUUCAGAGGUUUUCCCUCCCAGCAAUACUCCAGGAGUGAGCAUCUUGGAUAUUUGCAGUAGUUGGGUCAGUCACUUUCCAAAAGGAUACAAGCAAGAAAGGAUAGUUGGGAUGGGGAUGAACGAGGACGAGCUCAAGCAAAAUCCUGUUCUAACAGAGCAUGUUGUGCAAGACCUGAAUUUGAAUCCGAAGCUUCCGUUUGAAGAUAAUUCAUUCGACGUCAUUACAAAUGUGGUCAGUGUCGAUUAUCUAACGAAGCCUCUCCAUGUUUUCAAAGAGAUGUGUCGGGUUCUUAAGCCCGGUGGAUUGGCUAUAAUGAGCUUUUCAAACCGAUGCUUUUGGACAAAAGCAAUCUCUAUUUGGACAUCCACUGGCGACACCGAUCAUGCUAUGAUUGUCGGGUCAUAUUUUCAUUAUGCUGGUGGCUUUGAACCUCCUCAGGCUGUCGAUAUAUCACCAAAUCCGGGACGCUCAGAUCCUAUGUACAUUGUGUACUCUAGGAAGCUCAGUACUUAAGAAGCUACCAGGCCAAAGAUUAUGAGGAUUUUCUUCCGAUCAAUAAGUUCCUUUUCUUUUCUUUUUUCUUUUCACAACUUUAAGAAGGGAAACAUAGGUUGUCUGAGGUCCAAGGAGGUCUAAAAGUGGAUCAUUCGAGAUUGUAUUCUUGUUUUCAUAAAUUACAGAGUGAAAUGAGCACCCUUCAUCACUGUCUGUCCAUGCAUUUUCUAGAUAUAAACAGACA